UCACACGCUCACCCACUUCACUUCACCCACCAGACGCUCUUCAGGCUCGGCACGCCCAACGGCGCACCUCCGUUGUCAUCACCGCGACACCACCCAACUUUUGUAGACCAACUGCGUCAUAGGUCAUGGAUAACCAUCUGCCCUUUGGGUAUACGCACAGACAGAAGCGCUCGCAUGACCAGAUGGAGGGCAACGCAGGGUCAGCCUGGAGCCUCGAAAACCUCACGCCUUUCACCCGCCUUGGUGUUCCCCGCGAGCACUCGCUACCACAACCCCAAGAACCCUUUCACGCAAACCGCCGCGGGUCCUCGUCACAGCCCAACUACUACGCCGCCUCUGGGCACCGAGCAAGAACGCCUGACGCCGCCAUGCGAGCCCAAUACUCUGCCUCGAGAGAACCUACAGCGCAACCAAACGACCGACCAGCCUCAGCUGGCACCGCCAACCCAAGCGUAGGAAGGCACCUUCCACAUAUAGAACGACCUGCACAGAACAUGGAGUACGGGCAAGUACCGCGGUUUGAGGGCGACGGAUUCGAUAUGAGGAGACCUGUGGGCUGGCAGAGCAGAGGUGAGGGGCAUGGCAGGGCUGAAGAGCGACAUCCGGUUGAGAUUAGUGAUGGCGAGGAUGAUGAGCCUAUUGUUGUGCACGAGGAUGGGGACGAUAUUGCGGCAUACCAUGCUCAGGCGGAGGCGGGCGAGCAUGAUCAAGAGGAAGUUGUCGACCUGACAGAGGACGAUACUCCAGGGUACGCCCGGCUACCACAGAACGACCGACAAGCACACAACAAUAAUAGAGCGCGAUCCCAACCGACAGGUGCAGGACGCUCUCUUAAUAAUGAUGCUGCCCGUUUGCCACGAGGCAUGGCUGGCAUCAUCAAUCUGGACAACGGGGAAGAAGCCUGGGCAGUAGAUGACGAUCCAGUCAUUCUCGAGCCAUCCUCGCCGGACAUCCAGUUCGUAUCAGCACGACGUCUCGACCCACCUAACCGCCUAGCACCCCCGCCGCGCCGAAACGACUCAGAUGGGGAUGACGUUCAGUUCGUGGAGGAGCGACCACUAUCAGAAAACGAGAGGAGAGCACGCCAACACGCAGCACGACACGCAGAGCUGGACCGAGUAAUAGCAGUGCUUGGAAAUCAUCGGCAUGACCGAUACAGCUUCGCCCACCUACGAGGAGAAAUCGAUCGCGCCAAUGCCCACAUCCACCAUCUAGCCGAGCAUAUGCGUCACGGUGGACCUCAGCCUCAACCCCCGCCUCGCCUUCGUCGCGGAAAUCACAUUCGAAUGGGCGUGGCAGGAGCCGGAGCCGGAAUAUUUGUUGCACCAAACCUGAACUUCGGAAUGGUUGGGUUCGACAUGGGAUAUGGCGGGAACCGAGCAGAGCCGGCACCGCCAACGUACGAAGCACCUGCGCCGGCACCGGAGGGCUUCACGAGGAGUCCGGAGGAGAACGACGUGCUGGUGUGUCCGAACUGCGAUAGCGAGCUGUGCAAGGGUGAUGACGAUGUCAAGAAGCAGGUGUGGAUCGCCAAGCAGUGUGGUCAUAUCUAUUGCGGCGAAUGCACAGCCAAUCGAUUAGUCAAACGCAGUGCAAAGGGUAAAGAGAAGCAGGCCGCACCCAAGACGCGGCCCUUGAAAGAGUGUGUGGUCGAGGGUUGCGGUAAGAAGGUCUCGAGCCCGAAGGCCAUGUUCCAGCUCUUCAUGCUGUAAACGAUACGGCAUCUCUUUUUCUCCUUCACUCUAACGACUCUCUUACCUCUCGUAUAUACCACCUGGCUUUUGGGGGUUGUUGCAUUUUGCAUAGCAUGGUGUUUAAUCAGUUGCUUUCUGGCUCGACACGGUUACCACAGCAUCGGAAGGGCGUUCAUGAUUCUUUUUCAUGUUCUCAAGGGAGCAUAGGGCCAAGCAUGUCCAUGCGGACAACGUAAUGAUCUGAUAGAUAUGUAUGUGUAUAUACUGGUAUGGGAUUAACACAGAACUCAUCCUCUUGAGAAUCUUUCGACCGCAGCACCACGAAUGGUCUGCUAGAUGCAGCCUCCCUCUGCAAUCCUGUC